GUGGGCGGACCUUUACCACCGGCGCUCACUGCGCUCCGAGAGAAAGCCUGCAGCGGACGCAACACGCCGAACAGAUCCAUCUUUGGUUCUCCUUGCCUCUGUGCUACACACUGAAGAACAGGAUCCUAUUUGCUGAUCCAACCAGGUGUUUGUUGCACUGAUUUCGUCUGAGAGACUCGUCUGGGCUCUGAACCCUCCUCCUAAACACAACACCAAUCAUCACUGGAGUCAAACACUGCCUACACAGGAGUAAGGAGUGACCCCCUCCUCUCUGGUUCAGAUGGCAGACGGUCGGCAACCUGAGGACAGCUCCCCCCAGUGGUCAUCUUUGGGAGCCCAGGGCUCAUCUUCCCCAGGUGGACAUGGAGAGAAUGGCUUCUCCUAUAGGGCUUGCCAGCCAGGUGGUGCCCAGGCCGGUUCUGCGUCCACCUACACCAAAGAGAACGGCUUCAACGGAGACUUUACCUCUGGACACGCUGUGACUGCGGAGCAAGUGUCGGCGCGGAUCGUGCAGGAGGUAACUGCCGAAGCAGUCGCGGUACUGAAGGGAGAGCAGGAGCUGCAUCCGGACACUACCGUCAGGCUGCCUUCAGUGGAAGACUCUGCAAACCUGCCCCCCUCUCCUCCGCCUUCCCCAGCAGCAGAGCAUUUCGGACCACUGGAGCAAGAUGUAGGGGAUGAGGAGGAAGCAGGUCCUCUACGCCGCUUCCAAAAUUCUCGCGAGAGGUGCAAGUUCCUCGCCCCCUCCAUCUCAGUGUCUGUGCCUGAGGAUGACCCCUACCACUCUGAUGAGGAAUACUAUGAACACCCUUUAUUCAGCCCAGAGUGGACGCGCUCUGGCUCUCGCCCACCAGGGCAGGCCGCAGCGUUUAGACAGAUCGAAGAAGAGGAGACCAUAGAGAGUCUCUCAGCUGCGGAGGAGGAAGAGGAGGAGACUUCGGAAGCCGCAGCAACAGCAGCAGCUCUAGAGGAACAGGAGGAGGAGGAGGAAGAGGAGGAGCAGUGGAGUGGGGAUGAGCCUGAACAGGAACCCCCAUUCGAGCUCCUAGAGCGCGCAGAGGUCAUAGGCGAGGCCCAGGCUCUGCCCGGCCUGCAGGCCGAGGUUCACACACAGGCAGCUAAUGCUGCCGACGACGCCCCUAAUGGGCGAACUGAGGAGGCAGAGGGUUAUGAAAGCCCUGCUGAAGCUGUGAAGAUGGAUGCAGAGAGGCCAGAUAGCGAGAGGACAGAGCCCAUUGGUAUGGACUUCACCGAAUCUGCAAUGCAUCUAGAUGAUCUCCCAUCUUACCAGAGUAUUGUCAGAGACAGAGAUAUGCCAGAAAGCCCCUUGGCCACAACAUACCCGAUUGAGGAUUUUGUAGUGCCUCCAAGUGACCUGGAUGAUGCCAAAGAACCGUUUGAGUCUCCGCUUGAAAAGCCUGAUGGACAAAGUUUUGAUGUGAUACAGCCUUUAACCGAAAAAUAUGACUCAAGCAAUAUACACCAGGACGAACCAGGACAUGUACAAGACAAACAAGUGGAAAUUACCGCCACAGAAAAAACUGAUAAACAAGAGGGGGACAUAAAGGACAAAUCUGGAAUGUCUGCUUAUUUUGAGACUACUACAAUUAAGACAGAUGCCAGGUCUCAAGGUGAAGGAUAUUAUGAGCUGAGUACCACAUCAGAGGAACAGAAAGACUCUCUUGGUAACCUGCCAUUUCCUGAAAUCAGCUAUAGCACCCUAUCUCAAACACACUCUUUGGAAGUCAAUCCAGAUCUUAUAAAAAGUACUGCAGACACAUUAAAGACCACUUCACCAGAAGACAGAAGAGAUGAAUGUAGGUUGUCUCCUGGAAAGCUGGCUCUAGAGCAGAGAAGCUACUCUUUGAAUAUCACCAUUGGCACAAUGGAACAUGGUGAAGUACAGGGACAUCCCAGGAACUUUUCUCCAUUAGCUACUGACAUCUUGUCUCAUACUAGUGGAAGCCUUGAUGAAUCUGCUGAAUAUCUUCCUGCCACCACUCCCUCAGUGGAUAAGAUACCUCAGUUUCCUCCUCUGAUUCUGGAGUCAGCUUCCUCUGUUACAGCUCCAUCAUCUUCACCUCCCCAAGCAGCAGUCAGUGACGUAGAUACUAGUCCACAGCCUGAGUCACCAGAUUCUCCUGCCCUAGCGAAGUGCUGUUACAAGAACGGCACAGUCAUGGCCCCAGAUUUACCUGAAAUGCUGGAUCUGGCAGGUACCCGAUCAAGGUUAACAUCAGACAACACUGAUCUGGAGAUUAUGAGGAGGAAGUCUGUCCCUAUGGACAUGACUUCUAUUGUCAGUGAUUCUUUAGCGCAUUUGUUAAAAGGUGACCAUGGUCAAAUGGCUGCAAAAAGAGAAAUGCAGCUAGAGGAGCAAGGAUAUUGUGUCUUUAGUGAAUACUCUGGUCCAAUGCCAUCCCCUGCUGAUGUGCACAGUCCAAUGGAUACUUCUCCCCGAAUCUUUAACACUAUGAUUUCAGAGGAAAAGGAACCUGGUUUUGUUGCAAGUGAAAAAGAGUUUCGGCUGGGUGAGGAUUUGAAAACAGCAGAGUCUGUUGCCCCACAGGCAAAAUCAGAGAAAGAAUUACAGAAGAAGGAAGAUUCCUUUGAAAGAGGGAGUGCAGUUGCUGAAAAAUCUACAACUGAGACUAAGCAAGAUGAGACUGAUGCCUUCAAGACUGAAACUUUGCACGAAAAUGUACCUGGAAUCGAGAAAGAACAGUUAGACAAGCAAGUUGAAACUUUCAUUACACCAAAAGUUAUGGUUACUGUGGAGGAACCAAAGCCAGAUCUUGAUGAAGACGCUAAACUUGCAGCUGAAUCAGAUGCUGAAAUUGCUGACUAUCAGAGGCAAAUACGCAAAUUAGAGAUGGAAGACCGGCCUUUAAGCGUAGAGGAGGAAAGAGAGCUCCAAGAGCUCAGGGAGAAGGUAAAGAAUAAACCGGACCUUGUGCACCAGGAAGCUUAUGAGGAAGUUGAUGCAGAAGAUGUGUACCAACUCACCGGUGCUGCUAAAGAUAGGAUUGCCAGGCCACUCAGGCCAUCCCCAGCAUCUUCUGUAGAAAGUGCUACAGAUGAGGAGAAAUUACUUGAGACUGAGAAGCCUAAAUCACCAGAGACUCUUAAAACAGAUCCUAAUAGAUUAUCUCCCGUUGGAUCUUUUGAAAAAUACUUUAGAGAGGAGAGACCUUCAGAGCAGGAGGUGAAGCAGAAAGCCACAGUGGAGUCCCCCAAGAAAAAAGCUGUUGAGGAGCAACCCCAGCCAGCCCCAGCAGAAAAAGAUGAGGCACCUUCUGAAAAUGAAGUAGUUCAGAAAGAUACAGUAAAGCCCCUUGAAAAUAAAGUGGUUGAAGGGCAACCUCAGCAACCAGCCCCAUCAAAGACAGAAGAGACACCUUCUGAAAAAGAGGUAAUUCAGAAAGAUACAGUAAAGCCCCUUGGAGAUAUUGCUGCUGAAGAGCAACCUCAGCAAUCAGCCCCAUCAAAGGCAGAAGAGACACCUUCUGAAAAAGAGGUAAUUCAGAAAGAUACAGUAAAGCCCCUUGAAGAUAUUGCUGUUGAAGAGCAACCUCAGCAGUCAGCCCCAUCAAAGACAGAAGAGACACCUUCUGAAAAAGAGGUAAUUCAGAAAUAUACAGUUAUGUCCCUUGAAGAUAUUGCUGUUGAAGAGCAACCUCAGCAAUCAGCCCCAUCAAAGACAGGAGAGGAACCUUCUGAAAAAGAGGUAAUUCAAAAAGAUACAGUAAAGUCCCUUGAAGAUAUUGCUGUUGAAGAGCAACCUCAGCAAUCAGCCCCAUCAAAGACAGAAGAGGCACCUUCUGAAAAAGAGGUAAUUCAAAGAGAUACAUUAAAGCCCCUUGAAGAUAAUGUUGUUGAAGAGCAACCUCAGCAAUCAGUCCCAUCAAAGACAGAAGAGGCACCUUCUGAAAAAGAGGACAUUCAAAGAGAUACAUUAAAGCCCCUUGAAGAUAAUAUUGUUGAAGAGCAACCUCAGCAAUCAGCCCUAUCAAAGACAGAAGGGGCACCUUCUGAAAAAGAGGUAAUUCAAAAAGAUGCAGUAAAGCCCUUUGAAGAAAAAGCUUUUGAGGAGCAACCUAAGCCAGAACCUUCAAAGACAGUAGAUGCUCCUGUAGAGACCACUGUGAUGGAAGAAGUAGAGGAAGACAUAGAGCUUGCGGAGGAACCUGAAGAGGUCAUGCCAGAAAAAAAGCCAGCCCUAACAUCAGUACCGGAUGAAAAGGUGACAGAAAAAACUGAGCCAGCUGACACUCCAGUAGAAAAAGAGGAGGUUAAUGUUGUUGAGAAAGAAAAAGUAGAAGAGGAAGUCUUGGAAGGGGCCAAGGCAGCAGAUGACACUCUUGAGUCUCGAGCUGCAAUUGAGUCAAUAGUGAUGGUGGAAGAUGAUUUCAUCACUGUGGUCCAGACCAUUGAUGAGGGAGAAGUCUCCGGACACAGUGUACGCUUCUCAGCUCCCUCUGAAGAGGAACAUCCACAACUCCAUCAAGAAGAAGAAGAGGAGUCUGUGGAAAUGGCACAGGAGGUAGAGAUGGAGGCUGCCAGUCUAGAGGAAGUCUUGGAUAUCUCUGAGCAAGUUGAGCCCCCAGUAUUUCCAGUGAAGGAAAUAGAAGUACCAGAUAGUGAGGCUCCUACCCAAAGCUAUGAUGACUACAAAGACGAAACCACCAUGGAUGACUCCAUUUUAGACAGCUCCUGGGUGGACACACAAGCAGACGAUGAUAAGAGCUUAGCUACAGAGAUGAUUGAGCCUCUACCAAAGACGAGCCCGGUCAAGAAAGCGCAUGGAGACAAACCAGUCAAACAGAAAACUAAGGGCAGCAGGACCAAAGGUCGAAUCAGCACCCCGGAACGUAAACCUAAACCUGUUCGCAAGGAGCCGGUACCCAUCCAGAAAGAAGAGAUGAAGAAGAAAAAAGCUGUGAUUAAGAAGUCUGAGUUCACAAAAAAAUCUGAUAUUCAGAUAAGCUCUCCUUCACGGAAGAAUGUUACAAAGACAACCGUAAGGCACCCUAGGCCUACCCAACAUCACGCGUGUGGUAAACGGAAACCGACAGUUUCUGCAGAUGGACGGCUGCCCUUCAGUGUGGCAAGGCACUCCAGAGAUCGGGCAUCUAACUCCAAUUCCACAACACUAACAAAGAUCCCCACCUCUAAAAUGCGGGCAUCGGCCUUGGUGCCAGCCCGACCAAACUCCGCCUUCUCCUACAAUAAAUACAGCUCUAUGGGGGAGGCAGGUCUUUAUGAUCCCCGCCCAUCUUCAGCAGGUCCACAAGUAUCACUAAACGAACUUGUAGUUAAGGAUGGUGGGUCUCGGAGCCCGGAGAAGAGAUCAUCUCUCCCACGGCCAGCAUCCAUACUUACACGCCGCUCAUAUACAGCUGAACAGGAGGAGAGUUCAACCUCUCUCACCAGCUCUGGGUCCACGGCACCACGCAGGCCCACAUCAUUCCGUACGGAAGUCAGAGCUGAGCACAGGACAGGCAGGUCUGCUAGUAUGUCAGGUAGUAUGUCAGGCACAGACACUGUUCGGUCUCGCUCGGCCCGCAGUGGCAACUCCACACCCCGCACGCCCGGCUCCUCGGCCAUCACCCCUGGCACUCCUCCGAGUUACUCUUGCCGUACCCCUGGUACACCUCGCACUCCGGGCACCCCGAAAUCCCUCAGCCUGCUGUCCCAGGAGAAGAAAGUGGCCAUCGUACGCACGCCUCCAAAAUCCCCCGCAACUACACCCAAACAGCUGCGGGUCCUAAACCAGCCGCUGCCUGACCUCAAGAACGUCAAAUCCAAGAUCGGUUCCACUGACAACAUCAAGUACCAGCCCAAGGGCGGCCAGAUUCAAAUUUUAAACCAGAAGUUGGACUUCACUCAUGUACAAGCAAAGUGUGGAUCCAAGGAUAAUCUGAAGCAUUCACCCCUAGGAGGCGAUGUGCAGAUUCAGACUAAGAAGAUUGACGUGAGUCAUGUGACCUCUAAAUGUGGAUCAUUGGACAACAUUCGCCACAGGCCAGGCGGUGGUCAUGUGCGUAUUGAGAACAUGAAGCUGGUCUUCAGAGAAAAGGCCCAAGCGAAGGUGGGCUCACUCGACAAUGCUCACCAUAUUCCUGGAGGAGGCCACGUACAGAUUGAAAGCCAUAAACUGGCGUUCCGGGACACGGCCAAAGCACGCGUGGAUCACGGGGCGGAGAUUGUGAUCGAAGCGCUUGGUGUGUCGGGCGGCACCUCUCCCCACAGACACAGCCACAUGUCUUCAUCCGGGAGCCUCAAUAUGCUUGAGUCGCCACAGCUGGCUACACUGGCGGAGGAUGUGACCGCCGCCCUGGCCAAACAGGGCUUGUGAACCCCCACCCAAUGUUUAGCAACUUCCCCUCUGCUCAAUCCACAUUGGCACUCCUCCCUCUGGUAUUUAUGGAAGACAUUACGAAUUCCGUUUCUGUACAUCUCUAUAAACUCUUCAUUCGUCAACAAUCUUGCAGAACCCUGUGGUGAAUUUAAGAAAUUGUUUUUUUUCCUGUUUAUUUUAAAGAAUAAUGACUUAGCUAGAAAGGUACCUGUGCUUUUAUUACCCAUGUUACAUGUUUGACUUCUUACGAUUGUGUAUAGACAACGGCCUCGAAUUCUGAACUAUAGGGUUAGCUUCAGAUGUGUUACGUAAUGUCGGUUGACAGGACCAUUAAAAAUCUGUUCAACACGAGAACGAGAUGAUUUCACGCUGCACGCUCUUUUUUGCCCAAUUCAGUGCAUGGACUCUAAAAAAGACAUCCCAGUGCAAGAUCAAACAUGAUAUACGGGAAAAUAUUUAUAUGAAUACACAAGCCGUCUACAUCUCAUGCGCAAUUGAAUAUGAAAAAAAGUAAAGAAAAAACUACUUAUCGGUACAGUUGCAUUAAAUCUAGAUAGUAUGACAAGCAUGUAUUCUAGUACACAAAAGAGGCUAUUUUCUAUUUGAAAAGAUUUAAGUAAGUUAGUUCCUCAAACAUUGGAUAAAAAACACAUCAUGUUUUGUAGACCCUAGCGAUGACGUUACGCUUGUAUAUUAUUUGAACGACUAGACCGACAUUGCAAUGGUUCAACCCAGCCUUCGCUAUUGUUAAGAAAACGUUGCUUUCGUGGAUCUUUGUUGGUACACGGUUUAAGCAGAUUUGUGUUUAAAUUACACAUGCCUGCUAUAUUACAAAAACAGUAUUGUGUAAGUACAUGAAAAAUGGAAAUGUCCUAUUUGAAGCAGCCAUGCAUCUGGCUUUAAAUCUGCCACCUACUGUCAUCUCUCAGAGGCGAGAUGUAAGAUGAUCCUUUGGAUUAGCGUCUUUGAAUGAGUGUUGCUGUGGCCCUCAUUUUAUUCUUAAAUGAAGGGAGCAGAUAUUUGGGCAGCUUUGUUUGGUCAGCCAUGUGUUUGUCUGUUGAAUUCUGCUCGGUUGCUUAAGUUCGUAUUGUGAGUGAAGUAGGAAGCGGAAAAAGAAAAUGUAACGUAAAAAAGGAUACUCACUCAGUUCGAAAACGGUACACCAGUAUAUUUUUUCUCGUCAUUUGUGGUUCUCCCCCAUUUUCUCUAGAACAGCUGUCAUUUGUAGGCUUCUGUGUUUCUGCCCCCCCAAGCCUUACCCACCCUGCCCUUUUACCCACAGCUGCUGUAAAUGUAUUUAAGGUCACAUAGAUGUAUGCAGUUUUUCUCCUGUUGGUAUGAUAUGGAUUAUAAAUGCCCUUAACAGUUAUGACAAUAAAAAUACAGAAAACGAA